CUUCAUCAGCUGUAUCGUCGGUCGGUUGUGCGAAUUCCCAACACGUGUGCGUAAACCAGAACAAUUUCAGAACAGAAUCUACUGAACAGCAGUCAGUCAAUCAGCCAGUCAGGAAGUGUAUUGGCCACGUGUCACUAAAAGGGUAAUCGGUAAUCGGUGAUCGGAGCAAGAUAACGGUGCUCGGUUUUCCCGUCCUUUCUUCUACCCUCCCGGUGGGAGAUACUCCCACGUGGUAUGCCCGGUGGGGAACUUUUGGACGAAAUCGACUGACGCGAGAUGUGCAACCAAAUUUUAAUUGCUCUCAAUUAAUGUGUUAAUCUACUGAUUGAUUGAGUACAGUGAGAGUGGCAUUUAAUUGGUUUGUUUGCUUGGUUGUGUGUGCCGAGUGAUUUUUUAUUCCAUUCUUCGGUGUGAUUAAGCGAUUUUCACUGGUUCGUGUUUUAUCCCGUGGGUGUUUAUACCAACAAGUGACCGAGAAAGUGAAUUAAUUCAAUAAACCAGUGAUACCGAUGGAAUUGUGAGCUCAAUCCGGAACCAGUUGUUUGUUUUCAACUGUUUAACAUUUCCAGUGAAAAACAAUCCAGCGAAUAAAAUACACAUCCUGAUUUUAUCCUGUUUGCAAAGGAAACUCAACGCAACAAGAAGUCCAAACCAGAAUGGCAACCACGGGCAGCUUCCGCAACACUGCAGCAUAAGGAGAGUAUCACAACAGUGCACAAAUUUCUGAGAUCGUGUUUGUUUGUCACACACAAAGGGGCGAACAAAAGGCAAAAAUUGCAUUCCACAUUCCUACGUCAACCCUUAACUCGCUGCUAUCCUUAGAGAAGAACCUGCUACUCGGGGAAGGAAAAAUGUAAAAUAAUGCAAAAAACAGCUAAAAGAUGACGAUAAAACUUCACGAGUGCAAACAUAAACAUCAUCAUAAACAUCAUCACGACGACGGCAUCGGUAGAAUUAAUUUCCAGCACGACAAAGUGAAAAGUGGUGACAGUGUUGAAGUGUUGCCAGCGGUGAGUGUCGUUUCAGCACGACAACCGGAAGAAUUUGUGAAUAGUGCAACCUGUAGUGACAUCGCCAACAGUGAUGGCGAGCUGGCCGGAACUUUGGCCACCAGGUUGGGUCACGAUGACAAGCCGGGGACACGGGUAGCAUCAUUCCUUCGCGGGGAUAAUCUGAAAAAUGCUUCCGCACAAACUAGUCCCGAAAUCCGGCAUCCGCACCAGUGUUACCAGAGUCAACAGAACCACCUCCACAACCAGCAAAGUAGCAGCAGCAGCAGAAGUCGAAGUUGUAGCCAUCCGAGUAGUUUUAACUUUAAGUUCUAUCGUUAUCAAUUCCUGCGAGUUAUAGUCGUACUGUACAUAACACUAGUGGUAGUUGUAGCAAAUGCCGUGGCAGGAUUCGAGCCCGAUUUUGUAUACCCGUUGGAAAACGUUACGGUAGCAAAAGGACGUGACGCGACGUUCACGUGCGUCGUGAAUAACCUCGGUGGUUAUAGGGUGAGUGGGGAGGCAACUCCGGCCAGGGUUGCAUGGAUCAAGGCGGACGCGAAGGCGAUUCUCGCGAUCCACGAGCACGUGAUCACCAACAACGGGCGACUGUCGGUGACGCAUAACGACUACAACACCUGGACCCUGGUGAUACGCAGCGUCAAGAUGGAGGACCGGGGCGUGUACAUGUGUCAGGUCAACACCGACCCGAUGAAGAUGCAGACCGCGUUCCUGGAGGUUGUGAUUCCACCGGACAUAGUGUACGAGGAAACGUCCGGUGACAUGAUGGUUCCCGAGGGCGGUUCGGCCAAGCUGGUAUGCAAAGCACGUGGCUAUCCGAAGCCAAAAAUCAUCUGGCGACGGGAGGACGGCCGGGAGAUCAUCGCACGGAACGGAACCCACGGCAAGAUGAAAGCCACGGUCGUUGAGGGCGAAAUGCUAUCACUUACAAAGGUGACACGUUCCGAAAUGGGUGCGUACAUGUGCAUCGCGUCCAACGGUGUGCCCCCGUCCGUGAGCAAACGGAUGAAGCUGCAAGUGCACUUUCAUCCGCUGAUACAAGUGCCGAAUCAGCUCGUCGGGGCCCCGCUGGGAACCGAUGUCACGCUCAUCUGUAACGUCGAGGCGUCCCCGAAAGCAAUCAACUACUGGCAGCGGGAAAACGGUGAGUAUGGCGAGAUGAUAAUCUCCAACGAGCGAUACUCGAUGAAUGAAAACGAAAGCUCAAUGUACGCGGUGCAGAUGACGCUUGUGAUCCGGAAGCUGCACAAGGCCGAUAUGGGUGGAUACAAGUGCAUAUCGAAAAACAGCAUCGGUGACGCCGAGGGGACGAUCCGGUUGUACGAGAUGGAGCUCCAGAAAAAGACUAAAACUGCACAUAGACUGAACAGCGUUGAGGACACAUCGAAUGAUGAAAUCAACUCCACGCCAAACGUUGACCAACCCGAAGAGACGAACAAGAUCCACAAAAACGGACGCCUUUACAAGGGUCUGCAGGGCAGCGAACACGAUCUGAUGAGCUCCUCGGGUGCGACCGGAAUCGUGGUCAGUGCCCAUCGUGGUGGCUUUGGGCUGUUCCAAUCGAUGCCACGCCAUCUCCACCAUCGACCACAUCAAUCAUCGACUGGCUGGUCUGGCGAGGCCAAGCUGCUAAUUGUCCUGCUCGUGCAUCUACGCCAGCUGUUGGCCCGAUGGUUGCUCCGGCUGGUUCGGCUUACCCGGAGGAAGGUCCUCCAAGCCACCAUGGCCAUCCAGUUCCAACAUCCGACGCCCUCGCCGUGUUCGUCCCCGGUACUGUUACACUCAUCGUUGUGAUUUAUGCUGUUAUUUCUGCUGCUAGAUGUGCGACUGAGCAUUGUUUAAAGCUGCUAGUUGUUUGGAUGAGAUGGGUUAUGUGUGUACUUCCGUACGUCACUCAAGUUCUACGAUCGCCGACAAAUUGAAAGUGGCACGGCAGAGGGAAAAAGUCCAUCACUCAUCACGGUCCUGUCUUUGCCCACGCUGCAGUUCGUCCCAAAGUGGGAUUGGCAGCAGUGGCUUGACAGCGGUUCUCCAUGACUCUUUUGCUGGGUUGCUUCUUUGUGCUCAAUCUCAACACGUGAUGGCUACCCCGUGAAGGGAGGUUCCACCACGUGCGGAGCCACGUGUGUAUAUUUUAAAUGCAUAAGUGCCAAAAGUUAUCGAAUAAUAAACUGCAAA